AUGUCGUACAUGCUCCCGCAUCUCCACAACGGCUGGCAGGUGGACCAGGCCAUCCUUUCGGAAGAGGACCGCGUGGUCGUCAUUCGCUUUGGACACGAUUGGGACCCUACGUGUAUGAAAAUGGAUGAAGUACUCUACAGCAUAGCUGAAAAGGUUAAAAAUUUUGCAGUUAUUUAUCUUGUGGAUAUUACAGAAGUACCUGACUUCAACAAAAUGUAUGAGUUAUAUGAUCCAUGUACUGUCAUGUUUUUCUUCAGGAACAAGCACAUAAUGAUUGACUUGGGCACCGGUAACAACAACAAGAUUAACUGGGCCAUGGAAGACAAGCAGGAGAUGAUUGACAUCAUAGAGACCGUGUACCGAGGGGCCCGCAAAGGCAGGGGGCUGGUUGUGUCUCCAAAGGACUACUCCACCAAAUACCGAUACUGA